AUGAUAUUGCUGAUUCUACCAUUGUCUGGCGGCCUUCCUCCGUUCCCGUUGCCGUUGCCGUUGCCGUUCUUGUUCCUCCGUUCCUCCAUUGACCCGCUGACGUAGACAGACGUCGCCGCUGCCCUGUUUGCAUUUCUGGCCGCGAGGAGAGACUCGUUUCAAAUUCUAAAGAAAUUCCAGUAAUCGCAGAGCUCUGCUGGCGACUGGACGUCGGGACUCGAGAGGCUCUAAUAACAGGCAAAAACAGCAAAAAAAAAAAAAAAAAACAGACAACCAGGCAAGCAAACAGGAAAACAGGAAAAGAACAGGGUAAAAGUGAGAGUGAGAGUGACGGCGAGCGGAAAGCGGAAAGCGAAAGUGAUGUCGGCCAUCAUCGUGGACAUUAACUACACCGGUUGGAUGCCCUCGGUGCAGUGCCUCAGUUUGCUGGUGGUGCCCUCGCUGCUCAUCCUGGUGAUCCUCUAUCUGUGCGAGCACCAGUACGAUGACAUACUGGGCGUCUCGCCACCUGGACCCUGGGGUCUGCCCAUUCUGGGCUAUCUGCCCUUUCUGAGCCGCCGUGCGCCGCACAAGUCGCUGCAGGCACUGGCCAAACGCUACGGUGGCAUCUUCGAGCUGAAAAUGGGCAAUGUGCGUACCGUCAUCCUGUCGGAUGCCACUUUGGUGCGGGACUUCUUUCGCCGUGAUGUGAUGACGGACCGGGCGCCGCUUUACCUCACGCACGGAAUCAUGGGCGGAUAUGGCAUCAUCUGCGCCCAGCGCGACAUCUGGCGACAUGCGCGCCGCGAGGUGAUCGACUGGCUCAAGGCCUUGGGAAUGACCCGUCGUCCAGGGGAACUGCGUGCCGGGCUGGAGCAGCGCAUCUCUCGGGGCGUCGACGAGUGCGUCCGGCUCUAUGAGGCCGCGGCGAAGAACAGCAGUUCGUCUGAGUUCAAUCCGCAACCGGAUCUGCACCACUCGCUGGGCAACAUCAUCAACGACCUGGUGUUCGGGGUCACCUACAAGCGGGACGACCCCGACUGGCUGUACCUGCAGCGGCUGCAGGAGGAGGGCGUCAAGCUGAUCGGCGUGUCGGGCGUGGUCAACUUCCUACCCUGGCUGCGGCACCUGCCCGCCAGCGAGCGCAACAUCCGCUUCCUGCUGGAGGGCAAGGCCAAGACACACGCCAUUUACGAUCGCAUCGUGGAGGCCUGUGACAAGCGGCUCAAGGAGCAGCUGAAGUUGCACCAGGAGCAGCAGGAGCUGAGGCGACAGCAGAGGCGGCUGGAGAGGGAGCUGGAGAGGGAGCAGCAGAGGCAGGAGGAGAAGGCGAAGGAGGUGGAGUCUGGUCGGGAAGGGGAGCCAGAGGAGAAGAGGCCGGAGGAGGAGCCCCUAAACUGUGUAGGAAACCCAGGAGAGAGGCCAAAAGGGGAGACAGAAGAGGAACCUGCUGGAAAGCCAGAAGAGGAGCCAGAGGAGAGUGACGAAGAUGAGGACGAGGAGGAGUAUGAACCGCGGUGCAUACUGGAGCACUUCCUCAUCCACCGGGAUCCGGACUCGCAGCUCUACUGUGACGACCAGCUGCGCCACCUGCUGGCCGAUCUGUUUGGGGCCGGAGUGGACACCUCACUGGCCACAUUGCGAUGGUUCCUGCUCUACUUGGCCAGGGAGCAGCGCUGCCAGCGGCGCCUGCACGAGGAGCUGCUGCCGCUGCAACUGGCACCCAGUCUCGAGGAACUGGAGCCGCUGACCUAUCUGAAGGCCUGUAUUUCGGAGACGCAACGCAUCCGCAGUGUGGUGCCCCUGGGUAUUCCGCACGGCAGCAAACAGGACUUCACCAUUGGUGACUAUCACAUCAAGGGCGGAUCGAUGAUUGUGCCCCUGCAGUGGGCAAUUCACAUGGAUCCGGUGGCCUUUCCCGAGCCGGAGCAGUUUCGCCCCGAGCGAUUCCUUAGCCCCGAAGGAGCCUACUCGGCGCCGCCGCAGUUCAUCCCCUUUUCGACGGGCCAAAGGAUGUGCCCCGGCGACGAGAUGGCCCGCAUGAUCCUCACGCUCUUCGCGGGUCGCAUCCUCAGGCGGUUCCACCUGGAGCUGCCCCGCGAGGGCGAGGUGGACAUGGAGGGCGAGAGUGGCAUCACCCUGACCCCCGCACCCCACAACUUGCGAUUCACCAAGCUGCCGGCAAUCUACUUGCGCCAAGCACCCGACGGCAAAGUGGAGGAGAACUAGGCUGGACAAGCCUCUAUUUUAUCCCUAUUUUUUUUUUACUUCUGUAACGACAGUAUAUUAUAACCUUUUUUGUAUGAUGGACUAUA